GUCCAUCUUUGCUGUGGGGACCACUCUCUUGGAAGCACUGCAAUACCCCUGUCUGGGCUACUGAAGAAAGGAAAUGUGGAGAUUGAUCAACACCCUGUGGCAAUAGAAGGAACGUUUGUCCUUGUUCCACCAAAUAGAACUAAACAGAAACUGUCACAAUUACCUUUGGAUCUGGCUCCUACCCUUGGGGUAUCUGUAACUCUCGAAAGGGAGAGGUUGACCACCCAGCCUUUGAUUCCCUUUAAUGCUCUGACUGAAUCUGAACAGCCGCAGGAGAAAGUUCUUUCACCCGUUAAUGGGAAAACGGAGAGCCUGCAGGAGAGAUCCCAGAAUGUCCCAUCUCAAGCUGACCACCACUCUUCAACAGACGAUGUAGCAACAGAAAGUGAAGUGGAAAGCCUUAAGCCUGAAAAAGGCAGAAAAAUAAGGGAAAAUGGGCUGGUGGCCGACUCCUGCCAAGAGGUUAACAAACAAUGUACUGAAGAGCUUCCAGCUUUCAAAUCACAGAGCAGAGCGACAUCACAUCUGUUAUUAGAUCUGCAAAAUCCCACUGGUAAUGGUCCAGUAGCAGCGUACCAGUCCAACCCUGUGGGAGCAUCCAGUUCCUCUGAACCUGUGUCAGCACAGAAAAUUGUCAUCCCAGCAGCCUCUCACCAUUUUUGUUUUUCAAUAGACUUAAGAAGUAUACGUGGUCUGGAAGUUGGUUUUCCAAUAAACUGCAUUUUAAGGUACUGCUAUCCUUUUUUUGGUAGUGCAGCACCCAUUAUGACAAACCCACCUGUAGAAGUCAGAAAGAACAUGGAAGUCUUUCUUCCACAGUCAUAUUGUGCAUUUGAUUUUGCAACUGUACCUCAUCAGCUUCAAGAUACAUUCUUCAGAUUACCUCUGCUGGUUGAAUUGUGGCACAAGGAUAGAACAGCCAAAGACUUACUUCUAGGGAUGGCGAGACUUCAGCUUUCAAACGUUUUGGCUUCAGAAAAAACUCGCUUCCUGGGUGGGAAUGGUGAACAAUGCUGGCGUCAGACUUGUAAUGAAACAGUCAAUAUCUCAGCAGCACAAGGGUCAGGCAACAGAAUAGCAGAGCUCUCAUAUGCCAUCACUUUGGAAGACUACGGCCUUGUGAAAGUGCAAGAAGUUAUGGUGUCAGAUUCUUCUCAAGCUGUAGGUGCUGGUCAACAAUGGCAUGCUCCUCACGCUCAGCCUCGUUGUGCCCCAGAAAACCAUCCAGAGCCUCGAGAAACUCUUGAAUACAAAGCAGCACUGGAGUUAGAAAUGUGGAAGGAAAUGCAAGAGGACAUUUUUGAAAAUCAGCUUAAAAAGAAGGAAAUGGUCCAUAUGGAAGCACUUGCAGAAGAAUGGAAGAAAAGAGAGAGAGAGAGAGAGGCGUUAGUGAAGAAAAAGGUGGCAGAAUAUAAUAUUUUGGAAGAAAAACUUCAGAAAACCCUGAGAGAUCUAGACAAGCGAGAACGACAGCUUUUUAGUGCUGAAUCGGAGAUUCAAAGAGUAAAGGAGGAGCUGCAGGCAGAACAUGACCGAAAUCUGCAGGUGCAGCAGGAUUCUGUGAGACGAGCCAGAGAGGAAUGUGCACACCAGCUUGAGCUAGAAAGGUCAAAAAUCAAACAACUGGAAGAAGACAAGCUUCGCUUACAGCAGCAG